AUGUCUUCCAAGCGUGCCGUCAAAACCAUUGUUUCCUCUAUUCAGAAGCUCUACCCUCGAGCUCUCGCAGACUCCUCUUGGGACAACACCGGCCUACUACUGGAAUGCCCUCUGGACACCGAACCUGAGAAGGAGAAGCUCAAUGUGCUGCUCACCAUCGAUCUGACAACCUCUGUUGUCGACGAGGCUAUCCGAAACAACUCCGGAGUUGUUAUGGCCUAUCACCCUUUUAUUUUCCGAGGCCUCAAGUCUAUCACCCAGUCGGACUCCCAGCAGCGAUCUCUGCUGCGACUUGCCCGGGCUGGCAUCUCUGUCUACUGCCCCCAUACUGCCGUUGACGCUGCCGUUGGAGGUGUCAAUGACUUCCUGAUCGACGUAGUCUCUCUCGGAAAGGAGAACGAGGCCUCCCGGGAGGUCUGCCAGCCCGUAGAUGGCGUCCAGGGACAGGAGGGUGCUGGCAUGGGCCGAGUGGUGCGUCUCAAGGAACCCAUUACCUUCUCCGAGCUGCUGAAGCGAGUUAAGACCGGUCUGGGACUCAAACAUGUCCAGGUUGCCCUUACCGAAAAGCACGAGAACCCUGAGGCUAAGAUCUCUUCCGUGGCCGUCUGUGCAGGUUCUGGAGCCUCUGUUCUGCGAGGUGUUGAUGCAGACGUGCAUUUCACUGGCGAGCUUGGCCACCACGAGGCCCUAGGUCUCAUUGAAAACGGUACCUCUGCCAUUGUCUGCGGUCACUCCAACACCGAGAGAGGCUACCUCAAGACUUUCCAGACUCUGCUGACCAAGGAGCUCAAGAACCAGCACGACGGGGAGGUUGAGGUCAUCAUCUCUCAGACCGACAAGGACCCUCUCGAAAUUGUCUAA